GCUGCUCAUCUACAGAAAGAAACCCGACUAUUGGGCCAUAGCUGGGCGUAGCUUCUGCUAAACCGGGGGAAAUAAUUACUCUGCUGCAAGCGACAAGGCAGAAGGGCCAGAUUAAGAUUAACUGAAUUAUCAUUUAUCGUGGAAGUUGUUUCCGAGGCAGGAACAUGGCUGCCCAGUGUGUAACCAAGGUGGAGCUCACCGUGUCCUGUGAGAACCUCAUAGACAGCGACUUCGGCUCCAAGUCGGACCCCUUGUGUGUCCUUUUGACGUGCAACUCUGACUCCCAGUGGUAUGAGAUUGGACGCACAGAGAAAGUUCAGAAUUGCCUCAGUCCGAAGUUUGCCAAGAAGUUUGUCGUCGACUACUACUUCGAAAUGGUCCAGAAGCUGAAGUUUGGGAUUUACGACAUCGAUAACAAGACGGUUGAUUUGAACGAUGACGACUUUCUGGGGGAGCUGGAGUGCACCCUGGGGCAGGUUGUGUCCAGUCGGAAACUGACCCGGCCGCUGGUGCUGAAGAACAAGAAGCCAGCUGGGAAGGGAACCAUCACUAUCAGUGCGGAGGAAAUAAAAGAUAAUCGGGCGGCGUUUUUUGAGAUGGAGGCAAGAAAGCUGGAUAACAAGGAUUUCUUUGGGAAGUCUGAUCCUUAUUUGGAGUUAUACAAGCAGACAGAAACCGGAUGGCAGCUGGCUCACAGGACAGAGGUGGUGAAGAACAACCUGAACCCGACGUGGAGGCCGUUUCGAGUUCCCCUGCAGUCUCUGUGUGGGGGAGACGUGGAGAAACCAAUUAAAGUGGAGUGCUACGACCACGACGACGACGGCUCUCACGAUCUCAUUGGUUCCUUUGAAACCACGAUGAAGCGGCUCCAGGAAGCGUCUCGGACGUCUCCGGCUGAGUUUGAGUGUAUCAACAGCAAAAAGAAGCAGAAGAAGAAAGGCUACAAGAACUCUGGUGUUGUGAGCGUGAAGCAUUGUGAGGUCGUAAAGGAGUAUACGUUCCUGGAUUAUAUAAUGGGAGGCUGUCAGAUCAACUUCACUGUGGCUGUGGACUUCACCGGCUCCAACGGGGAUCCCAGGUCUCCUCAGUCCCUGCACUACAUCAGCCCUCAGGGCGUCAACGAGUACCUCUCUGCUAUCUGGUCUGUGGGGAACGUCAUUCAGGACUACGACAGCGAUAAAAUGUUCCCGGCGUUUGGCUUCGGAGCCCAGAUUCCACCCACGUGGCAGGUUUCCCACGAGUUUCCUCUCAACUUCAACCCCUCCAAUCCUUUUUGUGCAGGUGUAGAAGGGGUGGUGCAGGCCUACAGGGCGUGUCUCCCUCAGGUCAAACUCUACGGCCCCACCAACUUCUCCCCUAUCAUCAAUCAUGUGGCCUGUUUUGCUAAACAAGCCAUCCAACAGACCACUGCAUCCCAAUACUUCGUCCUGCUGAUCAUCACCGACGGAGUCAUCACCGACAUGGAUCAGACGCGCAACGCCAUCGUCAACGCCUCGCGGCUGCCCAUGUCCAUCAUCAUCGUCGGCGUGGGAGCGGCGGACUUCAGCGCCAUGGAGUUCCUGGACGGAGACGACGGCCGCCUGCGUUCUGUGGCCGGCGAGGCCUCCAUGAGGGACAUCGUCCAGUUUGUCCCCUUCAGGGAUUUUCAGAACGCUCCCCGUGAGGCGCUGGCGAAGAGCGUGUUGGCCGAAGUGCCGGCUCAGCUGGUGGACUUUUUCUGCACCAUGGAGCUGAACCCACCAAAACUGAGUCCUGCCCCAGCGGAGACCCCCGCGAUGCCCUAAAGAAACCUGACGGAUUCCACUUUUCAUCUCAUGCAGCUCUAUAUAACCGGCAGUGCUGUCAUGUUAGUGUGCACUAAAGUGUCAAUCGAGCCAGCUGUCGACAGCAUCCAGGUUAGUUCGUUAAUUUUAUGUGUAAAAAAAAAUAUAUAUAUAUAUAAGAAUCCAGGACACAUCUGGACAAGCCCAGAUUUAAAGUUCUAAAUUUGCCCUUUAAGAUUUAAGUUUGCAUGGUAGUUUACUCUAUAUUGUCAAAAGUAUUGAAAUGCAUUCCUUUAUGAACUUCUGUCCCAUUCUGAAUUCAUUGGCAUUAACAUGAUGACGGCCCACCCUUUGCUGCUGUUUCACCUCCCUUUGGAAAGUGCCAUAGGUUAUAUGGGUUUUUUUUUAUUUUUGCAUUUGUGAGGUCAGACACUAAUGUUGGAUGAGAAUGUCAUAAUUGUGCCAAAGACGCAUCAUCAGAUUGAUCUCUUCCUCAUCAAACUUCUUUGUGGACCUUUCUUUGUUGCUUGCUUUCCAAUUCAAAAAUACUUUAUAGAUCCCAAAGGGAAAUUAAAUAAAUAAACGUCAACUAUGUGGAGCUGUUCCCACAUAGUUGAGGAUAUUAAUAAUUUUGCAAAGCGCAAGUCGCCUUGUUUGUUGGAUUUUCUCAUUCGAAACUAGAAAUGAAAAUAAAGGUAGUAGUUUUAGAUUUGUUUUAAAAUAAAAAUAUUAACUUUAAUGAUUCUCUUUUUUUUUUUGGUGGGAAAACCAGAAAUGUAGAUUUGAUUUUCUUUUUUAUAUCUAAAAUUAUAAAAAUAAUAUGAAAAAAGAUUUAAACAUUGCUUAAUUUCACAAUCCGAUUCUCUUAUCUUGGGCUAGCGCAGUCACCGUGUGAUGUCAUUUCCCAAAUAUGGUAACGCUUUCUCAAGCUCACCAUGCCAUUAAAAAAUGAACCAAUUUUUUUUCACUUGCGUGACUAUCCUUGUCCAAUCUAAUCAAUAUUUUAGACAUAUGUUAGUUUUAUCUUUAGAUAAUAACCUGCAUAUCUGUUUUGUGGUGGGGAAAAAACACAUGGGAUAAGACUUUGGGAGUACGAAGGCAUUUUCUUAUUUUAAACACGAGACGAACGUUCUGCUUCUCUGUUCUUCAUGAAAACGUUUCAAUUUUAUGUUUUGGGUUUGCAUUGAGUUUAAUUGAUGGUUUCCGAU